AGAAGUGCCAGCCAGGGCUUGGCACAAACUUUCUUGUACAGUCCGUGUGUAGUUGUGUUGUGUUUGGUCUCCUUUGUCAUCUCUCAACGGGCGCGAUGCCCUAAGUCUGUCCUAUCCCGGCACUUAGUUGUGCUAUCGUCUAGUCCUCGAAAUGGCUGAACGAGUUGGAAAAACUCGCCGUGCUUCAGCGCCGCGGUCGGGCGCCCUGCCCCGCAGUAUCACCGGCCGCUACAAGCACCUCGCUGCUAAUCGUUUGAAGAAGUCUGCUACUGCUGAUACUACGUCCGAAGUGUCGUCCAAGUCCGUGGAUAGUCCGGAAGCGCCAAGUAGUACCUUUGCCCAAGUUGUUGCACGCAAUCCGUUUCAACAGCAGGCAUCUGCUGGACAGCAGGAGCAGCAACAGCAGCGACAACAGCAGCAACAACCACAGCAACAGCAGCAACCACGACAACAGCACCAACCACAGCAACAGCAACAACAACCACAGCAACAGCAACAACAACCACAGCAACAGCAACAACCACGACAACAACAACAACCACGACAACAACCACGACAACAACAACAACAACCACCACGACAACAGCAACAACAACCACACCAGCCACAGCAAUCACAGCAGCCACAGCAAUCGCAGCAACCAUGGCAACUACAGCAACCAUCGCAAGAAGCACAGGCACCGCAACACUCAGCAAGCGCCGUGCUGUCCAAUCCCUUCGCUCUCAACUCUGAUAGAAGUAGCAUGGCCAGCAACCCGUUUCAACGCACCGGCCAGCAGGCACUGGGCGCACCGUCAACAUCAGCGGACGCAGACACAACUAGGCAAGCUAGCACAAAGGUGCCAGCUGGACGGCGAGUUCGAGUAGCGGCGCGCGCUGCAAACCCAUUCCAGCGAGCAGCCACGCUCCACCAGCCAUCGCAGCCAGUGUCAGACGAGCCGGCGCCGCAGCAGACUAGGCGACAAUGGAGCAAGGUGGUUGCAGGAGAUUCGCUUUUACCCACUUCAGCAGGCAGCAGCGGCAUGCCGUUUGGGCAGUCCGGCCGGCAGGCUUUCGCCCAGCCCUCUUCUACUACCGCACAACCGCGAUUAGGGGCAGAACGUCCCGUGUUGAGACAGCCGGCAUCGCAGAGCAUGGUCACUCCGGCCUUUCCCACCUUUGCUCCUAGUCCAGUUCACAGCGUUGCCCGUGCGCCUCUCCGAGCCUACCCAUUACCCGAUAUCCCUUUACCGCGCCAGGUCAACACCGACUCUGCGGAGGAUCGCUUCAAAGCACUUGACGAACGGGACAAACAGAUGCGGCAAGGUAUGACAAAACAGUCUGAUCUAGCCACAGCGUCAGCGUUGGUUGGCACCUGUCCGGAUAUGUGUCCAGAAAAGGAGCGCUAUCGACGUCAAUACCAGCGCCUUCUGAGCUUCUUUGAAAUGGCCGAUAAGUCGAGCGGUGACGUGGAUCAUAGGAAAUGUGUCAACGAGUACAGCCGCUCGUCAGCCGACAAGGACGAGCCUCUGCCGCACGAAGUACGCCCGAGUGCAGUGCUGCAGAUGACCAUGCAGUACCUGUGCCGAGAAGUGAUGGACACCGGCACCGACCAGGCCUGGGCAGAGUGGUAUGACUAUAUCUGGAACAGGACACGUGCUAUCAGAAAGGACAUUACUGUUCAACACCUUGUCUCGCUGGAAGCCGUCGACCUCGUUGAGCAAUGCGCCAGAUUUCACGUAUUCUGUUCUCACCACCUCUGUGAGGAAGAUAUGAUGGCAUUUGAUCCCAAGAUCAACAACGAGAACCUAUCCAAGUGUAUCCAGACCUUGAAGCACAUGUACGAUGACCUGCGUGAAAAGAACAUCCAUUGUCCCAAUGAAGCAGAAUUCAUGGCCUACGACAUCUUACUUGGACUGACAGAUGGCGAUGUUCUUCGGCAAGUGCUGCGAUUCCCGCGCCACAUCCGAGACUCGUCCGAUGUACAGUUUGCCGUUGACAUGUUCAACGCCGUAAACGACAACAACUACGUGCGAUUCUUCCGUCUGGCCAGAUCCACGACCUUGUUGAAUGUGUCUCUAUUACACCGCUACUUCCCGAUGGUGCGUAGCUCAGCCCUACGCUGCAUGGCAAAGGUCUAUUCAUCCUCCGCCAUGGGCAUCAACAUGCCUCUGGCGGAUUUGCAGCGCCUUCUCUGCUUUGAGUCACCCGCUCAGGCUGCCACAUGCUGUGAGCUACACGGCUUUAGAACCACCGAGGACCGCGUCCUGCUCAACAAGAAGCAGUAUCGACAGCCCGAGGAGCGAGCGGUUCCUGUUUGCUGUCUCAUGAUCAGUUCCAAGCGGAUUGGUAGCAUUGGAGAGGUGGUACACGGCAGAGCGAUACCGGCACGGCCAGAUCAUCAUCCCAUGGACUCGUUUUCAGCGGACGGACGGCGGAGACUGGAGGCCGCAGCGUCGCAGUCACGCCCAGCCACAGUGCAGCAAACCGAAUCAACAUCCAACCCUGUCCAGCAACAGAGCACAGCCUCUGUCACCAACAGCAGCGCCACCGCCGAACAGGACGAGAAACUGUUCUUGAGGCAGCAGCAGCAGCAGGAGGAGAAACGGCGCAUGUUGGAACGGCUUCGGGUGCUUGAGGAGGAGAAGCAGAAACGCAUCCAUGAAGAAGAUAGGCGACGGCGUGAAGACCAGCAGCGGCAAGAACAAGAGCGUGCACAGCAACUACUGGAGCAACAGAGACGUCAAGAAGAACAGCAGAGGAAGAAGAAACAAGAAGAAGAGGAACGCAUCCGGCGUCAGCAGCUAGAAGAGCAGAGGCGGAAACAAGAAGAGGAGCAGCGGAGGCGUGUUGCCGAAGAACAACGUCUGGCGAGACAAAAGCAGGAUGCCCUCAAUGCUGUUGCGAACUCUGCAGCUGACAAGCUGCUAUCCGACGCAGUGUCUUCACAAGUAAAGACGUUGGCCAAGGAAGUCAUGCAGCAGGCCGUACUCUGUGAGCAGAGAUCCCGCCAACUCACGCAGGAUGUAUUGGAACGAUCUGUAACACAACUAUUAUCCGAGACCAUUGCUGAGUGUCUGGCCGAGGCUGAGAGAGAAAGGCAAUUGGCACUGCAACGUCAACAAGAGCGCUGUGUUGAGGAGAUAAUGGAGGUAAUCGUCGCAGAGGCUGUGGCCCGCUGCAGCCAUGCUGUCAGCCAUGCCGUGCUUGAAUCGCCUGAAUCGUUCGCGGCCUUGGAGGCACACAGAUGUCGUCUGGCCAUGGAGCGCAGUCAACAGUUCUGGUCACCAAUAGACCUGUCCUCGACUCUGACACCGUCUGCCACUCUUAGUUACGCAGCCGUUGUGCGUAGCCACCCGCAGCAGCAAGUGACACCGGCUGCAGCGUCGCUUGUCGACUGGAAACUCACCGUCGCCCUGCCCUUCCAGAGCAUUGUGAUGUGGAGAGACGUGCCCGUGUCCAGCUGGCUGCAUGAAAAGCUCUCCUGUCAGGAAUCGUAUCGCAACCUAGUGACAAACAUGGACAGAUGGCAAGUAUCGAAGACUCAGAGUGGUUCUCAGCGUCAUUCAUUUACGUGUGAGGCGAUAACUGGUCCCGUCUUGGCAGAGCACUACUCCUACGUGUGCUCGUCCAAUGCUAUCAUCUUCGUGCAGUCAGCGGAUCACGACCAUGUGGAAGAUAUGUAUGAUGCCGGUCGCUUACACUCCAUCUUGGCGACGUGUCCAGUCAGUGCAGCUGCACCUGCUCUUCUUAUGUUAUGCGCAUGCUCCGGUAUACAACACUCCAUGUGUCAAGGCUUAGACUUGGCAGGCUUGAAGCGCAGUGGGAGAAUCAGCUCGUUUUGUCGCCAGUCUGUCACCUUCCACCCUCUGCCACAUCAUAUGCAGCUUAUGAAGAACUUGCUUUGGUUACACAAACAACAAGGUGAAUGUAGACCGGCUAACUUGCUCAGUCCUAUGGGUCUGUCUCCGGCAGCAGCAGCAACAGGAGUAGGAGCUACAACCACUCCAGGCCGUCGCCAGCGGCAACGAAAGCACCCGCAUACAACGCCGUGUCCAUCGCCCAAACGUGUACGUCACCCGGUUGCAGCGACUGCCGCGCACGACGCGCAGUUAUUACGGAGAAAACUACACGCCGAGGCCGUGGGAGCUGCACUGUUUGAACAGCAGCUUAUGCAACACCUGCUCUCUUGAAGACCUCUUGCACAUGGCAAUCACAAAACACAUCAGAUCAUGCCCCCCCCUCCUUGAUGCCAGCCUUACAUACUGCACUCAUCAAGAAAGAACAUAAUUAUAAACAUAUCAACACAUGUGCAUAUCAGCAUGCAUGCCUACACACAAACACCGACACCUCAACAUGUGUCCACGACAACUCACCAAAACCACCACCACCACUCACCAAAACCACCACCACCACCUCUUCUAUAAAGUAUGUGUUGAGUUUCCUUAUCAGCUGCUUCCAUUCAGCUGGCUGUUUAUUUUUGACGUUAUCAUGACUGAUGUUUGGGCAGUGUGGGCUAUCGAUUCUUUCUACUCUGUUCUAUUCUUUACGAUUCGCAUUGGCCUGUUGUGAGUGGGUGCAGCUAAGCACGCACGUUGCUCUUUCUCUCUCUCUCUCUCUCUCUCUCUCUCUCUCUCUCUCUCUCUCUCUCUCUCUCUGUCGCUUUCCAUCAAAGAGCACCACUUCAAUCCAGCAGCACUCAAGUCACACACAUUCCCAUCCAACUGCUGUUUUCAAUAUCUGAAGAAUUACAUCAUCAUCACCAUCAUCAUUAUCAUCUGCCCUGCUGUGUCCAGGUAUUGUCUUGUUGGGUUGGUUAUUACUCCAAUCUUUUUUUUUCACGCAAUCAGUAACAAUCAUACAUUGUCACGUAAGCCAUCAAACCCACCUCCUUUCUCUGUCUGAUAACGCAAUUUUGAACUUGAAACGCUGAAGCAUUGUCUCUUCUCUAUGGUGCUGCUUGGCCGGAAAGUCUGGUGUAAAUUUACUCAUGAUUUUAAUUUUUUUAAAUAAUUUGACUGUACUUCAGUGAAAAGAGGGAUUGUUGAUCGUAUCCUGCACGAAAA